GACAGUAUAGCUCCAGAAAAUUUAAGUCUUGAAUCACAAAGAGCUAAAUUCGUGAUGGAGUUAUAUGUGGAGUUGACGGAGUUUGGAAAAAAUCCAAUUGAGAACAUUGAUAUGUUUUUCUUCCCCGUAUAUGAACAAGAACGGUACUUUGCAUUGUGUGUGGAUUUAAAAAGGGAACGAAUCUUUGUGCUGGACAGUCUCAUAGACAUAUUAGGUGAUCAUGAUUUCAGGAAGUAUGACAGCCUUUGCACCAAAGUUCGUACACUAUUGGCGUAUUAUCUCAACUACAAAGAAGAGACCAUGAAGUCAAAAUCGGUGUCGAAUUCCAAAAUGCAAAUUGUCAAACUGAAGUGGGCGGACAAGAGAAAUACAUUGGACACAGCUAUUUAUCUUAUGCGCCACUUGGAGACAUUCAUGGGAGAUAGUUCGUCAAAUUGGAAGUGUGACAUGUCCAACAUAAGUACACGACAAAUCUCUCGAAUGCGGGUGAGGUAUUGCUCGUCCAUAAUAUCAUGCGCUAGGAACGAAGUGAAGAAAGAGAUUGAGGACAAUGCUGCAAUUGAAUAUCGUAAGAUUUGCAGUGAUCCAUCGGUUAACAUAGAUUCAGUCUUGGUGGGUUGAGUUAGAUUGAUUUCUAAAUAAAUUUAAAUUGCCUUGAAUUGUGAACUUAUUUAACUUAACACUUCCAAGUGACUUGAUCGUUUUUUAGAGAUAUUAUGGAUUUAGAUUGUUUUGAGA